AAUGAAUCUCUCAGCGUGGUUGUUCAGCAGUGCCGUCCAUCUCCAAGGCUAGCUGUGUUUUUGAGCUUGAAGAAAGAAAGGGACUAAAAUUGAUCCGAUAUAGCACAGGAAACAAAAGAUAAGGAAGAAGGGAGGCUGUGACCAAGAGAUUGAUGUGGUGGCUGGAAAUGGGACUAGUGUCAGAGGAAGCAGCUCCGAGUCCUAGGAUCGACAAUGCGCUUUGAACUGAUGCUUGAGAAACUCCUCUGGGCAAUCUUUUAGACAAACCGUGAUCUCUGAACCAUCAGCGGUGUUUCCCGCUCACACAUCUUCUGGAAAAGAGAGAGAGGAAAAGUCUAGGGUGCAAUCCUUAUGGAACUAUUUGGAAUUCAGCGAUGAAAUGUUUGGAAUAAUCAGUGCAGUGUUUUGGAAACCAGCUUUGAGUUAGUCUGGAGUGCAUUUAAAUUUAUUCAUAUUUUAUUAAUAUUAUUUUUCUUCAUUAUUUGAUUCUUUGAAGCAGUUUGUCACUGAAAGCAGCCUUGAUUUAACUGGACACUAUAAUCUGUAAUGUUGUCUAAUCAACUUUGUACGAUUCGUAUUUGAGCAUAUUUCCCACAUUCUUGCCAACAAAAGACAUUUUGUUAAAUUUUUUCUUUUGUUACACUUAACUUAGAAACACAUUAUUACCAGAUGUUUUUUGUCUUUCUUUAGAAAUGUUACAGUUGUAGACUCUUAAAGGAGCUGUGGCCCUAUUUGAGUCAGUUGUUGUUUUUUGAAAACCGUGUCAACUUUUGAGGAAUUGUGAACAUCACCACAGGAUUCUGUUCUGCUUUCGGACAGCUGGCCACAGCAGCUGCAGCUGGCACAAUGAAACUUGCAUGUGCGAGUGCAUUGUUGAUAAUUUACCCUUGCAGUGCUAAAAACUGCUCGACCAGUGACAUGCUCUCUGGCUGACUACUGGGACGUGGGGCCGAUCACAGGGGCUGCCAUGGAAAACAGUAGUACAUUUGACAACAUGACUGGACUGACACAUGAUCGGCCAGUGCAAACGUCCUCAUUCUGCCAGCAGGUUGCGUCCGUCGAUGCAGCAGGAAAUUAUGAUGUUGUGAAUAAUGUUGUCAUUCCGACCCCAGGGGCACCAGACCCCAGGGCCCAGAAUUCUUUGCGGCAGAGUUGGGAAAUGAACUACCAGGAAGCAGCAAUAUACCUGCAGGAGGGAGAGAAUAACGACAAGUUUUUCACUCAUCCACGAAAUGCCCAAGCGCUCAGUGCCUACCUGUUUGCUCACAAUCACCUCUUCUAUGUAAUGGAGCUGCUGACUGCGGUGUUACUCAUGCUUCUGUCCCUCUCAGAGGCCCCUGCCGUCCCCUUUCUCCGCUUGGACGUCUAUGUUCAUGCGUCACUGGAGUUAUUGGCAUUAGCAACGGUGGCCUUUGAGUUGUGCAUGAAGCUCCGAUGGCUUGGCUUUCACACCUUUAUACGUCAUAAGAGGACCAUGGUAAAGGCAAGUGUCCUGUUUAUUCAAUUCAUCGAGGCAAUUGUGGUCCUAGUCCGGCAGACAUCUCAUCUUCGUGUGACAAGAGCCCUGCGGCCAAUCUUUCUGGUGGACUGCCGUUACUGUGGAGCUGUUCGCAGAAACCUGAGGCAGAUAUUUCAGUCUCUUCCUCCCUUCAUUGAUAUUCUUCUGCUGCUGCUUUUCUUCAUGGUCAUCUUUGCCAUCCUAGGAUUCUGUUUGUUCUCAGCCAACACAGCCGACCCUUAUUUUAGCACACUGGAGAACAGCAUUGUUAGUCUGUUUGUCCUUGUGACCACUGCAAAUUUUCCAGAUGUGAUGAUGCCAGCGUAUUCAAAGAAUCGUUGGUCGUGCAUUUUCUUCAUUGUGUAUCUGUCCAUCGAGCUCUACUUCAUCAUGAAUCUGCUCCUGGCAGUUGUUUUUGACACCUUUAAUGGAGUCGAGAAGAUGAAAUUCAAGUCUCUUCUCCUACACAAGCGAUCGGCCGUAGAGCACGCAUUCCAGCUGCUGGUUGGUCGGCAGAGGCCAGAUGGAGUGUGUUUAAAACAGUUUGACGGACUGAUGCGAUUCUAUCGCCCACGAAUGACAGCACGAGAUCGUUUCCUCACUUUCAAAGCCCUCAACCGUUCAGGAGCAUCCAUGCUGAGUCUCCAGGACUUUUAUAAGCUUUACGAAGUGAUCGGGCUCAAAUGGAAGGCUCGACGGAGUGGGGAGCACUGGUUUGAUGAUCUUCCUCGUACUGCAUUCCUCAUCCUCAAAGGAAUCAAUUUACUUGUGAAAUCCAAAGCUUUCCAAUAUGCAAUGUAUCUGGUAGUAGCAAUUAAUGGCAUCUGGAUCCUGGUGGAGACAAACAUGUUAAAUGAUGGCGUCGCAUGGACUCAUGUUGUCCCAUGGAGUUACAUUAUUUUCCUCACAAUUUAUGGAGUUGAGGUCUUGUUGAAGAUCACAGGCCUUGGUCCUUUGAAAUAUUUCAGCUCAGGGUGGAACCUCUUUGAUUUCUCAGUAACAGUCUUUGCCUUUCUGGGAUUAAUUGCUCUGGCCUUUGACAUGGAGCCGUUCUACUUCAUCGUGGUGUUGAGACCUUUUCAGCUCCUCCGUUUGUUUAAAAUUAAACAGCGCUAUCGGAACGUUUUGGACACAAUGUUUGAACUCUUCCCGCGCAUGGCGAGUCUAGGACUGACUCUGAUCAUCUUCUAUUAUUCUUUUGCCAUCGUUGGAAUGGAGUUUUUUGCUGAUGUUGUUUAUCCAAACUGCUGCAACACUAGCACUGUUGCUGAUUCGUAUCGCCAGAUAAAUGUGACUAUUGGCAACCGGACCAUUCUAGACGAGGGAUAUUACUAUCUCAAUAACUUCAAUAACAUCCUAAGCAGCUUUGUCACUCUUUUUGAGCUAACAGUGGUGAACAACUGGUACAUCACUAUGGAAGGUGUGACGUCACAAACUACUCACUGGAGUCGCCUUUAUUUCAUGACCUUUUACAUUGUCACCAUGGUUGUGAUGACGAUAAUCGUGGCCUUCAUACUAGACGCAUUUGUCUUCAGGAUGAACUACAGUCGGAAGAACAGGGAGCCGCUGGAUGACCCAGAAGAUGAAAAGGGGAUUGUCUUUGAGACAGAGGUGUCUCAGACUGAAGCUCUGCAGACUCUGGACUUGUAUAAACACACACUGGGCGUCACCAACCUGAGCUCACUGCAGGACAUGUGUGUGGCUCUGGAGCGGAGCGGGCAUUCCUCAUUAGUAUUUCUGGGUCGAAGGUCACGUACCAAGAGUGACCUCAGCAUGAAGAUGUACGAGGAGGAAAUUCAGGAAUGGUACGAGGAAUAUUCCAGAACAAACCUCCAGCCAGAUGAGACAUCCCACAGAGAACUGGACAGCCCUGAAGUCAGUGCUGCGAACAGCAUUAAUUAACUCGCACACUCCGAAUACUGCAACAGUGUUAACUAACACACUCACUCGUACCUCUGAGGGACCUUAGAAACAUCUUCCUCGCAUCGAUGGAGAGCACAGGGGUUCCCCAUGACCACUACAUUCUCCCUCCAUCCACAUGGAGACCCACAGAGCUCACUUAAAGCCUUACUUCCCAAAAAACCUUAAGGUACCGUGGCCAAUCAGGGAAGCUUGCAGACCAAUCAUGUGACAAGCACAAGGUCCGGGAACCUUUUUCUUCCAUGAAAUGCACCUCAUGACAUUUGCCUUGAUUCAUGAUUCAGACUCUAUCAUGGAUUUGUCAAACGGAGAACGGCGAUUGAAUGUUUCUGUGGGAGAUGAAUCAGAACUGAAUGUGAGGAUUUUAGCACUAAGUGACUCGUGUGUCUCUUUCUCCACAGUCCGUGGUAUUGCUUAACCAACAGAUAAUAUAUUAUAGUAAUAAACUAAUAUUGUUUUUAAACUAAAGCUGCUUUUUGCUGGAACCUUUGGACCUAUAGAGAGGCUUAUUUUUUCAUUAUAUAUAAAUAUAUAUAUAUACAUGCAGAUUAAACGUAUGUCAGAUGCAGUUGAGAGGCAAGUAUUUAAAAAUCUGUUUUAAUACAUCCACUGAUUUACUCAACAUAGGCCCGUUUCUCAGGCAUAUGUUCGUUUUGGACGGAUGAGUGUUCGAUAACCUGCCCUGGACCUUUUAGUUAGUUUAAACUUUUGUCUUGUGACAUAUGAAAAGUUCUUAUUUUCUUUAGUUUGGAGUCAGUAUUUUAAAGCUUAGAGUAUUUUGGCAGCAAGUGCAGUAAUUUGAUUCCACAGACUGUUAUGAUCCAUUCAGCUUUCCAGGGUAAAAGCAGAUCUUUCUCCAAACCGAAUAUUUCCUUUGUGUAAAACCAUAGGUGAAAAAUUGAUUCCAAUUAGCCGUGCUUAUGGCUUAAUGCACUGUACGUUAAAACUGUUAUUUAUCUACUUACAUUCAGUUAAACGUCUUUCCUGUUCGCUGCACCAUUUUAUAAUUUAUUAGUCAUUUUCUUGAUGCUUUUUUAACAGGGUGAAUGCAUGCCAAUCCUCAUAAGUUGUUUGCUCUCAUGUCUAGAGUAUGUAACCUGGAGGUAAUUGGGGAUGUCAGUGAUUUCAUUCCAGUUGCUUGUUUUAGGAUGUGCAACCUUGAUGCUCCAAACACAAGGGAACAUGAUGAAACCACAGCAGCUCCUCUAAUACUGUAGGGUUUACUUGUGUCUCAGUUCUCUGUUCUUUUUAUUUUCUUAAUGUAUAAUAACAGGUCUAGUAAACGAUACGUUUUACUGAAACUUCUUUUGGAUUUUUGUUUAAAUACUGUCUUUUUACGAAUUAUAUUCUCUUUGUGUUACUGUCAUCCAACUGUCGAGAUUAAUUCAUCCAGUAAUUCUUUUUUAAAUUUAAUUUAUCCAUAUUUUGUGUAUUGUGUAUUAUUAUUAUUAUUAUUUUAUUUUUAUGUAAUGUAGCUAAUGAAAUCGUACCGGUCCCAUUUUUGCCAAGUUGGUCAAGGUCUUGGGAAUUUCACCAAAUGUUUCUCCACGAGUCAACGGUUUUCCAACAGAGUUCGGCUACUUUUAUAUUGUUGUCGUGGUUUGAUGCCCUUGUGGUUUUAGAUUAGGAAUCUCUUUUAGGGAGGUUUUGAAUCCCCAGAAACCGAUCAGGUUAGUUUUCGGCCGUAAUUGGCAUAGGUAAUUGGGCUGGUUUUUUUUGCAGACCCACGCAGAUUUCGCAACGGUUUCGAUUUUGUCACACGAAUUCUUCAAAUAUUCGACUACACAUAGUGUCAUAAAUAUAUCGACAGGCAUAUGAAGAAUGUAGCUCGACAACACAAAAAUAAACACGCUUGUAAAAGUA